AUUAUGAUCUAGGCGUUUUGCAACCGCUCUCAAGUAUAUAUAGGAGGAGCGCUCGCCGACUGUACAUUCGCAGGUUCGACUCCUUGGAUACCACACGUACUCGCAAAAAUGAAACUGCUCCUGAUCUCCGCUCUGCUCGGCGUGGCCGCCGCCGGCAUUGCCCCAGCCUACCCCGAGCAGUCCAACCGGCCUCAGGCCUCGUUCGAGAGGAACGCCAGGAUCCUGGCCCUGGACUCCGAUGUGAAGGAGGGCAACUUCAGAUACAACUACGAGACCGAGAAUGGAAUUAAGGCUGAGGAGCAGGGGCAUGAGGCCGACGGCAUCGAGUCCCAGGGUGGUUUCCAGUACACUGGUGACGACGGUCAGAUCUACUCCAUCUCCUUCGCCGCCGGCCAGGGAGGCUUCCAGCCCCAGGGCGCGCACAUCCCCACCGCUCCCCCCGUUCCUGAGGAAAUCCAGAAGGCUCUGGAACAGAACGCUGCUGAUGAAGCCGCCGGUAUCAUUGAUGAUGGUCAGUACAAGCCCGAGCAGCACGGCGCAGGCGCCGCUUUCGGUCACCAGCAGCAGGGCUUUACGCAUGCGCAAGCCAGCGCCGGCUACAGAGGCUAAAUAACGAUGUCCCACUCUAACUGUAAGGUUUUAACAACAAACCAAAACGCUGUCUC